GAAUCAAAUGUGGGAGUUGGCCUGGAUUAAACAGCAGCUGACUUGAACUCCACUAAAAUAAAAAUUCUGUGGCUCUGAACACUGAAAACAGUCAUUUUACUGGAGUGACAUGGAGGAAAGACAGCAAGGACUCCUGGGACAAGAGCCAGUCCAGGAAGUGAAUGAGGACAUGGAGUCAGAGGUGGACCUGAAUAAUACUAUAACAGAAGAAGAGAGAGAGGAAAUGCACAAUGAGCUGACCAAGUUGGAGGAAGAAAUUGUCACAUUGAAACAAGUGCUGGCCUCCAAAGAGAAGCAUCACGCUGAGUUGAAGCACAGGCUGGGCAUGACGACGUUAAGUGAGCUGAAACAGAACCUAAGCAGGAGCUGGAACGAUGUUCAGUCAAGCACAGUAUAUAAAAAAACCUCGGAGACCCUGAGCACAGCAGGCCAGAAGACCACAGUGGCCUUCAGCAACCUGGGCACGGCCAUCAGCAGAAAGUUGGGGGAUAUGAGGAACUCUCAGAGCUUUAAAUCCUUCGAGGAGAAGGUUGAAACCACUGUUUCGAACAUUAAGUCGAAGGUUGGAGGGAACGCAAGUGGAGGAAGUUUUGAGGACGUACUCUCAUCAGCAGCUCAGGCCAGCGCUCAGAACACCGGCCCUACACCCUCCACUAACGACCUGAGAGAAAACGACGAGUGCUAGUGAGACCAGACCAUUUGCUCAGAAAUGUCCAGUCUGCUACAUGAUGACAUACAUGGAGAUGGAGCUCUGGUGCCCCUCUGUGGCCAGGAGGAUACACCACCUCCACUUCCUGAAGUCCAGAAUGAAGUACUAGCCAUGACCAAACAUUUCACUUAGGCUGUGUUCUAAUAGUUUUCUAAUGUUCCCAAACCUUGAGAUAACCUCCACUGCUAAAUGGUCAAGUAAAACUGACCAGGAGUUGAAAUCUAUUUAAAGACCCAAAGGAAUUACCAGAAUUUACCCAGAAAGCAUCAUAAUCUGAUGCAUUUCCCUUGUUGAAACCUUAAACAAAUGGUGGUCAAAAUCGGUGAUUCAAAAAGGAGUAUUAUAAAUCUAUUUCCAAAAUACUGUAAUAUUUGAUAUUGAUGCUUGAAAUGAGCCUCCAGUGUUGUUUAGUUUUAAUAACAACUUAGUUUUGUAUGUUUGUACUGUACAUUAGGCUUCCAGCUCAUUGCAUUUAAAUAGAAAACAUACACAAUAUAUAUAUAUAUAUAUAUAUAUAUAUAUAUAUAUAUAUAUAUAUAUAUAUAUAAUCUCCCAUAAAUUUUUGCUUUCAGUGUUUUGUUUUGUUUUUUUUGGGGGGGAGGGUUGUGCUUGACUUUUUAAUGUUAUUAUUUAAACAAAUUUCUCCGUAUUUCUGGAUCAAGCUUACCCUUUGUAACAAAAUGGCUGUUCAAAACUAUUCAAAGUCAAGUCCAAUAUAAAAACUCAAAAGGAUUCAUCACAAAUCCAUGGAAAACCAUUGUGAUAUAUGUGUUAAUGUGAUCCAUUCUUAUUCAAGUACUUCUUAAACAAUAUUCCCAAACCACUGCAAAAAAAUAAACCAACAGUAACCAAAUUAUAUUGGAUAAUCAUCCAGCCGUAGUAUAUUUCAGGACUUUUUUAAAUCCUGUUGGACUGUUAAUUUAUUUUAAAUAUCCUUAUAUAAAAAAUAUAAAAUGGCUGUGUCUUCUAUCAUGUUAUGAGAAAAUGUGCCAGUUGGAAGUCGUCUGUUUUGUUGUGGCUACCUUGGAUGUAGCUAUGUUUUCCAUUGAUUUGACUUUAUACAAUCUAUGAGAUGGAAUUUGCUAUCAAUUUGAGUAUCAAUUUGCUGGAGGAGACUUAAGGUGGACUAGAAGAAGCAUCUGUUAUACAGUUGCACUGAACAUUCAGCUGGAGAAAUCUAAUGCUUGGGGGAAAACAUUUUCUUUUCAUCUGUGAUGAGUUGAUUGUUCCUUCAGUGCAUAAAAUGAAAUAAAAUAUUCUUGUAACAUA